CUCAUUAAAUCCAACAUGAAACGCUCAGAUGAACAUGAUGCAGCUGCAAUAAAGUUUAUUAUCACAACAAAUCUGAAGUAAAUGGUAGAGCCAAUGAAACGGUUUCUCCUGCUAGCCAAAAAGUGAAUAGUAAGGGAAAAGUCUUGCUGAUGAUCAGCAUAUUUCCAUGUGACUCUGCAGAGAGGAGAAAUCCUCCCCCCCCCCGAAAUCUUACUUGGAUUCCUCUUUGUGAACUGCAGCUAUUACAGAAAGUUCAGCAUAUUGAGCCACAUAGUUACACAGACUUUGUAUAACAGAAUUGAUUCAUACACUGUGUAGCAGUGAGAAAAGGUGAACCACCCCUUUUAUAGAGAUUAAAGACUAGAGCUAAGGAGUCGCUCCAUUGGGGAUUUAAUAUAAGACAAGUCCCCCUUUCACUUUCAUUUCUUCUCCUUCCAGGUUCCAGCAAUGGCGGCUGCUGAUCUGAGAGAGGAACUGACCUGCUCCGUGUGCCGGGAGAUUUAUACCGACCCUGUAACCCUGUUGUGUGGCCAUAACUUCUGUCUCAUCUGUAUUGAGAGAACAUGGGACUGGCAGAAGAGUAUAGAGGAAGAUCCCUCCUGUCCUGAAUGUAGAAGGACAUAUAGAAAGUGCCCUGAACUGAUAAGGAACCUGAGGCUGAGGAACAUAGCAGAGCAAUUCCUUUCUACUGACCCACAGCAGGAUGGGACUGGGACCUCUAGAGACUCAAAAUGCUCCUCACACAACAAGAUCCUGGAGUAUUACUGCUAUAAGGAUGGUGUCUGUGUCUGUGGCUCAUGUGUUGCCUUUGGAGAGCACAGAGGCCACAAGGUGGAGCUGCUGAGUGAGGCCUCUGAGAAGAAGAAAGAGAAACUGAGGAAAGUUCUGGAGAAGCUGAGGCCAGAGAGAGAGAAGACUGAGAGAGAAGCCCAGAGACUGCAGGAGCGCAGGAGAGAAGUGGCAGAAAAAGCAGCCGGUGAGACAGAGAGAGUCACUGCCCUGUUUAGAGACAUCAGGGAACAGCUGGAAGCCCUAGAGAAGCGACUCCUGAGUGACAUCUCCAGCCACAAAGAGAAGCUCUCACUCACACUCACUGAUCUGAUGGAGCAGCUGGAAAUAAAGAAGGACGAGCUGUCCAGGAAGAUCCGUCACAUUGAGGAGCUGUGCAACAUGGCAGAUCCACUCACUGUCCUACAGGAACGGGAAUCACAUGGAGCUGCAGAUAAUGAGGGGGGCAGAGAGAGACAUGAUAUAAAGGUCCCUGCUGUAGGGGAUCUGGAUGUGGAUCUGAUCUCAGAGACAUUACUCACAGGCUUAGCUGCCAUUGUGACUGGGGUAAUGGGAAGGAUCCAUGGGCAGAAGGCUACAGACCUGUUACUGGAUAUAAACACGGCUGGGAAUGAUGUAUCUGUAUCAGGGGACAGGAAAUCUGCUUCCUACUCACUAACAAAACUACAUUACCCACAAUCCCCAGAGAGAUUUCAAUAUUUUGCUCAGACUUUAAGCAGCAGGAGUUUCCCCUCAGGGCGACAUUACUGGGAAGUGGAGGUCAGUGAAUCAGGGGAGUGGAGGGUAGGGGUGGCCUAUCCCAGUAUAGGGAGGAAAGGGGUUCAGUCCUGUAUUGGGGAUAAUAACAAGUCCUGGUGUUUGUACAAUAAUAAUAAAUAUUUAGUGAUACAUGACAAUAAAUGGACAGAGUUACCCCACGUCCCUUCCUGCAGGAGAAUCAGGAUCUCAUUGGACUAUGAGGCCGGAUGUCUGUCCUUUUAUGAGCUGAGUGAGCCAAUCAGACACUUACACACCUUCACUGUCACCUUCACUGAGCCCCUUCAUGCUGCAUUCUGUGUGUGGGGUUAUAAUUCCUGUGUAAGAAUCAUUAGUUAGGGAACUGCCCACAUCAGGAAACCCAUUCCCAUUCUGGGGGAUAAGUCCCUUCUGCUUCUGUAUUACAUUAUUGCAUUUAUGUGUAUAUGUAUCUGUAUUGCCUACAUCAUUUAAUUCAUUGUACAGUAUGGAUCCUUAGCUAUUUGAUUUACUGAUUUAUAUACAUUGCUGUAACUAGGGAAGCACCAAAUCCUGGUCUGGAUGUGACCACAUUUUAGCACUUUUUGCAGGACUUGGAUUUCGUGGAGUCGUGAGUGUUCAGCACAAGCCAAAUCCAAACCUUUAUAGAGGAAUUAAAUCUAAAGAAAGAAUUAAGGGCCACACAUAGAGUCACAUUCUAAUCAAUGAGAACAUUUUAUUUUAUACUGUUAUGUGAAAACUUAUGGGCAACAUUCACUGGGUUAUUUACUAAAACUCAAAAUGUUGUGAUUAUUUUAUUAAAACAAAAUUGACCAAACUUCCAUCCAAAA